AUGAAAGAAUGGGUAUCACCUGUUUAUGCAUUCUUUGACCCAACACCCCACAUCACUGAAGUUGGUGGUCGAUGUGCACACGAAUUCAAAUGCCGUGCAAAGGGGUGUAAGGCCACAAUCCGACGGUUCUUAGACAAAAAGGAUGCCCGAUCGACAGGGAACAUGCACAAACAUGUCAAAUCUUGUUGGGUGGAAGAUACGCUCAAUGCUGCUGACAACGCCAAAGAUGCGAAUGAAGUGCGAACAAAAAUCGUCGGAGGUAUCCUAAAGAAUGGGUCAAUCAUGGCAUCCUUUGAAUGUAAGGGAAAGGGAAAGCCAGAGUAUUACAUACCUUCGCCAUCCACAAUUUCUCGUGAUGUUCGACUUGAAUAUGAUGGCAAGAUAAAUUUUACAACGGACGCUUGGAGUUCACCAAACCAUCGAGCGUUCGUUGCAUUCUCGGUGCACCUCGAGCACAAUGGCAUACCGCUAAGCCUACCAUUAAAUAUCAUUGAAGUAGCUAAGGUGAGAAACUUACCUUGA